ACAACAAGGUCUUCCAUUGAUUAGUUAGUGGGUAAACAACCUUUAAGAAGUCCUCUUUUUUGACUGUUUAUCCCCUUCAAUUUUUGUUCUCUCUAGGAUUCUCUUUCUUUCUUUCUUCUAAAUUUACGCGUGGGCAGGCAAUAAAUCUUUCUCUAUAUAUAUUGUUGUUAAGAGAGAUCAUGGCAUGUCCGUACAAUCAUAACCGUCACCUCUUCAUCCUUGUCGGUGGUUUCUUUGGUUUUUGCUUCUAAUUUCCCUUUUAACAAAUACCCACCAGGUGAAACAAUUUUUCUGGGUUGUUGUUGGUGUAUUAAUAUAGAGGAAUUGAACCUGUUACUUAGGCUUUGAAUUUGAUUCAAAGCCCCAAUUUCCCAAUCAAGAAUGCCUUCUUUUCCAUGGAAGAAGGUGAAGAAAACAAGCAUUUCACAAUUGGUGAAAGAUCAUGUGAAUUGUCAAAGUGGAUCUCCUCUUAUGGUGGAAACCGGUUUCCCAACAUCCCUUGUGGAUCUUGUGGUCAAGAAUCGCUCAAGAUUCAAGAAACCCUCCAAGAAAAACAAACCUCCGAGUCCUGCUAUGUUCCCUCCAUCCCCUUCGCCUUCGCCCCCUCCUCCCCCUUCGCCUGUAAAUUUACCGUCCAAUUCCGAGUAUAUAAUUGAUGAUAAAGGUGAGAAACCUGAUUCUCCUUUGAUCUGUGAAGGUGAGAAACCAGAUUCUUGCAAGAACCUUAAGAUGAACAAGACUGAAGAAGGGUGGUGUAAUGGUGGUGUCAGUAUGAAUCAGGGGUUGGUGGCUGUUUUCAAGAUGUUUUUGGUGGCGGUUUUGGUUUUAGGGAUGAAUAAUCUUGUGGUUGGGAUAACCAUGUCAGCGUUCUUGUUGUUUUUCUUGGAAUAUUUAGGUGGAUUCUUUUCUGGAGUGCAAAGGAGGGUUAGGUUGAUGAUACAAGGUAUUUGGGAGAUGUUUAGAGCCAAAGCGGUUGAAUCAGAAGAAGAAGAUUGUGUUUUUAAGGCGCCAUCGCAGCACCAAGAGUUGUCAAAGGAUGGUUGCUUUGAUGAAAUUGACGUUGUACAAGAAACUUAUGUUGAAGAUAGUCAAUGUGUUAGGGAGAACAUUGAGGAGUGCAUUUGUGAUGGAAAAUUGAAAUGUGUAGGAGUGGAUGUAGAGAGGGUUGUAAUGGAGAAAGGAGAGGAAUUUAGAUGUGAAUCUAAGGAAAAGAAAUCUCAUAGGGCGAAGAUCAAAUCAAAAAUGAAGAAACUUGUCCCAAAGAAGUUCAGAAAGAAAAAAGGUUUAGCAUUGGAGAGUCAUAUGAUGCUCCUGGAUGAGAUAGAUUAUAUUAUUGAAGGAAGCAAGGAAAUUGAAGGUUCUAGUGAAGCAAAUAUGAAAUCCGAUGUUGGCAUAGUGUCAUCAGUGGGAAUAGAUGAUAAGUCAAAUAUUGUUGAGGUUGUUGGUGGUGCUGGAGAAUCAUCUAAAGGACUUACUGAUGUUAGUGUUGAAGAAUCAUUUAAUGGUAUUGAUAAGGCAACCAUUGUCGGGGAAGACGGUUUGAGUGAAAUUGAGCAUAAUUCUAUGUAUAUUGCGCUCUUUUUGGCUGUUCUAGUUGGCCUUAUUGGAGGUCGGAUUCUCGCACUUGUUUUUACUUUAACAUGUUGCCUGAUGUUGAAACGAGGUGAAGGAAUAGGAAGAUUCACAAAAUUGCCCGUGAUCAGGUCUUUCGCCAAAAAGUUCUGUUAGAAUUUUUUUAACUCAUUAAUAUAGAAGCCCUUGAAAGUAUGUUCAUAGUGUUGUGUGAAGUGCUGUCUCAAGCCUUCCUUGAUCUUUAGAGCUUACUUUAAUGAAGAGUUCAACCUUUGGUUGACCACUCGGCCAUUGGUCUUGUGUGAUGUCCUGUAAAGUUACUGAAAUAACAUUAACUUUGUUGUACUGUUGAGUCUGAUAUUCUGAAUCAGUACUGAUUGUUUUGCAUAAAUAGUUUACCCCAUUUUUCUUU